AUGGCAACAACGACCGACGUCCCCUGGGACUGGGUCAUCCUGGAACAACGCUUUUCCCCCGGCUUCAUCGUCCUCUCCUACCUCAUCGCAUUCGUGGGAUCGCUCUGCACCCUCGAGCUCCUCAUCCGGCGGACGUCCAACUCGGGAUGGCGAAACCAACUCCUUCUUCUCUCGGCGGGGAUUUGCUUUGGGUCCGUCUCGACCUUCUCCAUGCACUUCAUCUUCAACCAGGCACUCACACUCCAUUCGCCAGACAUACAAAACAAUCAACCCCUCGCGCUCAUCUACGGUCCCGGGUAUACGGUCCUCUCCCUCGUGGCGAGUUGCGCGGCCAUGACCAUUGCCUUCUUCGUCAUGGGCACCGACCUGGGCAACUGGUGUUGCGUCUUUGGCGGGAGGAGGAAGGACAAGGAGAAUCAGCGCCAGGCGGACGAGUACAAAAAGUGGAAGAUGGAGCAUAUCAAGAAGGCGGAGAUGCUCAGCAAGAGCUCAAAGGGAAUGGGCGCGCUCGUUUCGGCCGCGAGCAAAGUUGCCAAGUGGUCACUGGUCGAAGACCCAAACAAGGGCGACACCUCUCCCAAGGCGGGAUGGCUCAGUCCGCUUGGCGGCAAGGGCAAGAUGAUUGAGGAGGAGAAGGAUUGGGAGGAGGGACAGAUGGCGGUGCCCAAGACGGCGGAGGACGAGGUCAUUGCCAAGGAUCAGAAGCUGCGGGAGAUCGACUUUCGCUUCGGUCGCGAUGCCGCUCGGAUGGAGAUCGCAAAACGCCAAUCCACCGAGUCGAGACCUCCUCUUCUCGGUCGCAAGUCGACCGAGCGGUCAAUCCGUCACAUCGCUUCGACAGCUUCGCUCCCCACCGUCCCUCCCACUGCUGCCUAUCCACCGCGUAGAGGCUCGGUCCCCGCCCACCUCAUCAGCCCCAGCGUCGACUUUGGUGCCUCCACCGAGGUCUUUACGCCCGGCUACAAUUUCCCACCCCGCGUCGACUCAUCUACCGCAGACCUCCUUCGCGAGUCGGCACCCGACAGUCCCAACGACUCGGAAGCGUCAUGGGCUCGUCGCGGCUCCAUGGAGAUCCCACCUCACGUCCCAUUCGACUUUGGUCGUCGGUCCUCACUCCCUACCUCCACUUCCACACCCAAUCGAUCAGCCGCCUUUCCAGGCAGUCUCACCCGUAUACAAUCCCUUCCCGAAGCGGACCAGGACCAUACCGGUCAGACACCUCCUCUCGGCAAACUUUCGCCUACGUUCAGCAUGAACAAGGUCCCUACUCCCCUUCUCGAGGACGGUCUCAAGCGCAUGGACAGCGCACCCGACGUCAAGUUUGCGCCCGAGGCGGAGGAGGCGCGGACGGACAGGGAGGAGCGUGCCAAGCGAUGGCAGAACAACAGCUGGACGAUCAAGAUUCAGAAGUUCUUGGGGAUGGAUGUGGUCACGAAGGAAGAGGUUUUCAAGAUCGUGUUGACGGGGACGAUAGCGGGGUUUGGGGUUGCUGCUAUGCACUACAUUGGCCAGCUAUCCAUCGUCGGGAUGCCAUGGAUCCAGUACGACCCCGCUUUCGUCGUCGGAUCGGUCAUCAUCGCUGCUGGCGCCGUCGUCGUUGCGCUCUACCUCAUGUUCAUCAUGCUCCGCCCCAAACUCAAGCACGGCAUCUUCUACAAGAUCUGCACCGCCAUCAUCCUCGCCAUCGCCGUCUGUUGCAUGCACUUCUGCGGUAUGAUGGGAACGACUUACGCUUGGCCCAUCGACACACCCAUCACCAAACAUGACCUCCUCGCUGGCACCAACGGCGCCAUCGUCGGUAUCGUCGCUGCCCUCGCUUUCACCGCGUGCCUCGCCUGCGGUGUCUUCUUCGUCUUUGAGUGGAUCCAGGCCCGUCGGGAACGACAGCGUCGGCGCCGCGUCGUUGUCGCUUCCAUCAUGCUAGACGACCAAGAUCGGAUUCUCGUCAACUCGACAGACGGUCUUCCGCCCAUGUGCGACAUCGCCUCAUUGUCAGGCGCGGGCGAGGCUGCUCGGACAAGCAGGCGAUCCACGCCCAGUCUCUCCUCUGGUGCAUCGACCAUCCUCGGAAUGGACCUUACACCCGGCCACGAGGCGUUCGUCAAUGCCCUCAGGCUCAGCUGGUUCUGGCGCAAUCCCCAAUACUCGGCUUUGAACCCGUUCACCAAAGACCGCGAGGCCAACUCGGGCAACGCCACGAACGGCACAACUGGUACUGUCCCCAGUGUCAAUGCGUCGAUCCAGGAGAUUAGGCGCGGCUCGCUGGCUACCGUCAAUAGCUCGGUGAUUGGCGGUACGGCGCGGACGUCCAAGAUCUCGGUGAAUCGGUUCUUGGAGCGGUUUGUUUAUUCGGCGGGACAGCUGGCGGUACGUUUGACGGGUCAGGAGGAUGGGAUCCAGAGAUUGGGGGUAUUGUACGAUCAGAUCUUGACCACGGGCUGGGUCAAAUUGUCCAACUCGUCCGAUACGGUCUCUAAAGGCCAGCUCAUCAUCCUCGUUCGGCGCGUCACUGCACAGCAGGAACGAGCCGAUCUCCUCACCCGCCAUUACAUCUUUGCGGAAGCCUCUGCCGUCGCUGUCGCCCUCCAGCGGACGCUUUCGGUCCCUUUGGAGCACAUGAAUCCGCUCCUCCAGGACGUCCAACGCUUCUGCGACGCCACGACCCGAGUCGCUCUCCAGCCCGGAACACUAUACGCCGGUAUCGCCAUCGUCCAGGCCACGCCGUUUGACGGGCUCCGGAUCCUCCUGGAGGAGAAGAACCGGAGUCAAUUGCCCAUGCGCGAGCUGUGCACGUUCACCUCAGCGACCAUGUCCCGCCUCAGCCACACGACGGGCGGCACAGAGGAGCUCGGCGGGUCCGUCGAGGAUAUCGGUGAGGCCCUGACCUGGCUCGAAGGGAUGAACCUCCUCUCCGUCAUUGGUCGGAACGUCGCCAUGGCCGGCACGUCACCUCGGGACGCCAUCGGGGGUCCCAUCGUCGCUCAGCUUCUCAAGCACAUUGAGCGCGCCGUCGUGCCCAUGCUAGACGGCAUGCUGAGCCAAGACGACAUGGCGCACGUCAUCCCACGACUCGCUCUCCACCCCGUCCUCGUUCCGCUCACGCCACAUCGCCCGCGGCCCAACCCCCUUAUAUCGUCAAACAGCUACAUCCCGCCCUACAUGAUUGUGCUGUAUGCCAACUAUGACGCGGCGGUCAAUACGUUCACGGACAAGUGGUUGCCGUUCAACCUGUUUCGGGCGCAGAAUAGCUGCGUCAUGGCCCCAUAUGUCGGCGGAGAGCUGUCUAUCGCUCGGAGCGCGACGACCAACUCGGCCGGAGAGGGCGGCGAGGGCUUCAACCCUGCUCGGCGGCCCAGUAAGGUGCAAUUCGAAGUGCCUUCCAACGCUACGGCCCCUGCUCCCGGAUUCCAGCCCCAGCAGUACCUUCCCCCUCUUCCCUCCCCGCUCGGCCAUCCCUCAUACUCCGGAACAUCGACCGACCUCGAAUCAGGUAUCGUCGAGCCCGCCCCAUCCUGGUCAGGCUUCUCCUUCCCCGCCCGCGGAACCGCUCCUGUCGUCCCCUCCACACCCGACCCGGAACCCUCUGCGCCCGUCCCCAUGCUUCACAACGUCCCCUCGCAUCGCCUGCGGGAGAACAAUGGGCCUCGGCGUUCGAGCCUCGCCAAGCCGCGGGACUUUGCCUAUCCUCCUUCCACACCGGCCUACAACAACCCGUUGCAGAAUGACAUGGUCACGCCCGUAGCAGGCGGCGGGGGACGGUCGCCCUCGACGGGAAAUAGCGACAAGUAUAGCCCGCAGGGGACGGCGGUGGCGGCUCCGGGAGUGGGCGAGUGGGAUCCCGAGUGGUUGUUGGUCUUGUUGAGGAACAAGUUGAGGGCGGAGGCGUAG